AUGCGCACCCUGCAGGUUGGCUACCUGCGACCUAGAUCUUUGUCCAACCCGCUUGCAGGGGGCACCCAUUCCAAGGUGGUGCUGAUAUCGCAGGAUGGCAAGAUUGUGGCCGAGAGCGAGGGGCCCUGCACCAACCACUGGCUGGUCGGCUCGGACAAAUGCCUGGAGCGGAUCGAGGCCAUGGUCCGCGAAGCCAAAGGGAAGGCGGGUGUCGGCGUGCAGGUCCCGCUGCGCUCCCUGGGUCUGUCCCUGAGUGGAGGGGAGCAGAAAGAAGCCAUCCAGAAGCUGAUCGAGGAGCUGAAGACGCGCUUCCCCCAGCUCAGUGAGAGUUACUACAUCACCACGGACGCCAUUGGGGCCAUGGCCACGGCGACCGACCACGGUGGCGUGGUCCUCAUCUCUGGAACGGGCUCCAACUGCAAGCUCAUCAACCCCGAUGGCUCUCAGACCAGCUGCGGGGGAUGGGGGCAUAUGAUGGGGGACGAGGGGUCAGCCUACUGGAUUGCCCACCAGGCAGUGAAGAUCGUGUUUGACGGCCUGGACAACUUGGAGGUGCCGCCCCAUGACAUCGGCUACGUCAAGCAAGCCAUGUUUGACUAUUUCCAGGUCUCCGACAGGAUGGGACUCCUGACGCAUCUCUACCGAACCUUUGAGAAGUCCAAGUUUGCCGGAUUUUGCCAGAGGCUGGCGGAAGGAGCCCAGGCCGGGGACCCCUUGUGCGGGUACAUUUUCAACAAGGCUGGGGAGGUCUUGGCACGACACGUCGUAGCCGUGUUGCCCAAAAUUGACACGAGCCUCUUCCAAGGCCAGCUGGGGCUGCCGAUUCUGUGUGUGGGGUCCGUGUGGAACAGCUGGGAGAAGAUGAAAGACGGGUUCGUGGGCGUCCUGGGCGAGCACCGCCGCAGCGCCUUCUCCAGGUUCAGCCUCCUGAAGCUGAAACAGUCCUCUGCCCUGGGAGGGGCGAGCCUGGGAGCCAGGCAGAUUGGGCAAGCCGUGCCCUUGGACUACGCUGCCAACGUGGACGUCUUCUACACACACUCCUUCUCCUAAGAGCAGUCCUGGGCACUCCUUACCUCAACUCCAUUUCAAAGGGAAGCACGUUGGGAUCUCUCUUUUUUUCUUUUUUUUGUAAGAGCAAGUUUCCUAAA